CCCUUUUUUCUGCCUCCUGCCUGAAGGCAUCUCCCCCUCGACUGCUUGUGAACCUCCGCGGCACCUGAUUGAUUGAUUGCUUGCUCGAUUGAUUCCUCGUUGCUCUCAGCAAUAGUAGCAGCUUGUUCCCAUUAAACCUUCUCUACGAACGGCUCUCUCCGAUCAUCCCCACGCUUCCUUUUCUUCUUGCGGUGGCGAUAUAACACCUUACCCAGCCCUGAUUCUGUCCAUCCAUCUCUUCUUUGCGCGCACGACAGACUGUGGCCCUCAGCGUCAAUUUCCAGGGGCCCUCAUUGAGCUGCCGUGCUCACCAUGAAGGCCACCCCAUUGCUCAUUUCAUGGCACAACGACAAUGCCCCCAUUUACUCGGUCCAUUUUGAUCCCAAUGGAAAAGGCCGCCUGGCUACGGCCGGAAAGUACGGUUCUGUCCUCGCUGCUGAUAACAACGUCCGACUAUGGAAAGUGGAGACAACUGGUGAAGAACGAAAAGUGACCUACCUGAGCACGCUGGUAAAACAUACCCAAGCCGUCAAUGUGGUCCGUUUCAGUCCGAAAGGCGAGAUGCUGGCAUCUGCCGGAGAUGAUGGCAACGUCCUACUUUGGGUCCCGUCGGAAUUGCAAACACAGUCUGGGCUGGGAGAAGAUCGUUCGGACGAUAAAGAAACAUGGCGCGUGAAGCACAUGUGUCGGUCGUCUGGUGCAGAGAUCUAUGAUCUUGCUUGGUCACCGGAUGGUGUGUUCAUCAUAACCGGGAGUAUGGACAAUAUCGCUCGGAUCUAUAAUGCUCAAACAGGUCAAAUGGUGCGCCAGAUCGCCGAACACUCCCAUUAUGUUCAGGGUGUAGCCUGGGACCCUCUUAAUGAGUUCGUGGCGACGCAGUCAUCAGAUCGCUCGGUUCACAUCUACAGCUUGAAAACGAAGGAUGGACAAUUUACCCUUACCUCCCAUGGGAAAUUCCUCAAGAUGGAUCUUCCUGCCAAACGCAUCUCCUCCAGUAGCCCAGCUCCACCCGAUCCUUCUAUUCGCUCCCAACCCACGGCACCGAGCUCUGCUGCUGCUAUCGUAUCUCCUGCCCCUUCUACUCCGGGUACACCGAUGACCUCGAAUUUGCCCAUGGACCCCCCGCCAGUGUCACACAGUCGCCGCUCGUCCUUCGGCUCCUCACCGUCGAUCCGUCGAUCUGCUUCCCCGGCGCCGUCUCUGCCCUUGCCCGCAGUCAAACCACUGGAAGUACCCUCCCCGGGUCUUCUGGGCGGACUCGGCGUGAAGAAUGCCAAUAUAUAUGCCAACGAGACAUUCACGUCAUUCUUCCGGAGGUUGACCUUUGCACCCGAUGGUAGCUUGCUAUUCACGCCCGCGGGGCAAUACAAAACCUCACAUGUCUCCGCCACCGAUCCGGCCAAAACUACGGAUGAGAUCACUAACACGGUUUACAUAUACACCCGUGCGGGGUUCAACAAGCCUCCCAUCUCACAUCUUCCGGGCCAUAAGAAGCCCUCGGUGGCAGUCAAAUGCUCGCCCAUCUUUUACACCCUCCGACAGUCUCCCCAGCCUGCCAAGCAUAUCACCUUAGAUACCUCGUCUACAGAGGAGUCUUUCACUUCUCUUCCCGAGCCGGUAGUGAGCACCCCGGGGGACAAUGCUUCCAUGGAGCCCCCGACGUCGAUGCCUGCCACCAAUGAUUCGGGAAAGAACAACUCAGCUCCCAAGGCCACCGACCGAGCUGUUAGCCAAAGUCCUGCUCCUGUAUUCACGUUGCCCUACCGAAUUGUGUAUGCUGUGGCUACUCAGGAUGGGGUCAUGGUGUACGAUACUCAACAACAAACACCGAUAUGCGUUGUGAGCAACCUGCACUUCGCCACAUUUACGGACCUGACCUGGUCAAAUGACGGACUGACCCUGAUGAUGAGCUCGUCGGACGGAUUCUGUUCCACGCUCGCAUUUUCUCCGGGGGAAUUGGGCCAACCAUAUGUUGCUCCGGCAUCAGCGGCUCAACAAACCGGGGCUGCCGUCUCGUCCACCAAUAGCACCACUCUGCCAACGCAAGUCACAACAAAAGCAAGCCCAGUAGCCCAAGCCAAUUUGACUCAGGCACCUCCCGCAAGCCCUGCACGAUCCAACUCUGUCUCUUCGGUUACGACACAAUCGGGCUCUGGAUCGAGGCUCAUCAAUAACCCGACGCCCACGCUCGGGUCUGUGCCGCUGGUGACCGCAACACAUUCAGCGCAGCCUCCGACGCUUCCGCUCACUACCCCGCCGCAGACCCCCAUGUCUGGCGCUUCCCAAAGUGGGACAAGCUAUGUCAGCAAUAGUGUUCUAGGCAAGCGACCCGGUGAGUCCGAAAAGGAGGACGACAAGGACCAGAGCGCCGCUCCGCAAACACAACAACCGAAGAAGAGACGGGUUGCACCGACACUGAUAUCAGCGGGUACCAAUCCGUCUGCGACCCUGAGAGACGAGCCACCCAAUGCUGACGUGGGCGGUUAA